AUGUCCACCUCGAUCGACACCAGCUUCGGUGCUCUCUUCGAUGGGGCUUUGCUUGCCUUUGUUGUCUACGGUAUUACCUGUUCGCAAGUUCUGAAGUACUUCAUAAAUUACCCACAGGAUAGCCGCUCCACAAAGCUGCUGGUUGCCGUCAUAUGGAUGUUGGACACCCUGCAUCGGUGCAUCACCAUCCACUGUCUCUGGUUCUAUCUGGUCUCGAAAGGCAACGGAAAUUUGCUUUUGUUGCAACGUGCGAACUGGUGCCUACUUUCUCGCGCGAACCGUCCCUUCCCGAAUGUCCCUCGUCAACGUACAGGAGAUCGCUAUCACAUUGGUCGAAUGCUUCUUCGUCAUGCGGAUAUGGAUUUGUACGUGCACAUCUUCUACGGAAGGCGGCGACGUUCUGACCCGAGCCUAAAGUUAGCGGAAAGAAGAAUGUAUCCUGGAUCCUCCUCAUACCAAUAUUUAUUAGUUUUGGUACGAACUUUACCCUCAUGUAAUUCUGUUCUCGCUCAGACGCAUCCCUCGAUCAGCGUUUGGUAUCGGCUACAUUAUCAAAGCAUUUCGCUUUCCUCUGUUCUCAGAUGCGCUCAAAGAACAGUGGCUCGUCAUCUCGUACAGCGCGACACGCGCUUUCGCGGAUGUCUUGGUAUCACUCGUCCUUUGCAUAAUGCUGUAUACAGCCGGAAAACAAUCUUACCAGUCUUCGUGCGUGUUUUUUCUCUCUGGUUAUAUAUAUCAUGUGUGCUAUACGAGGUUCACGCUACGAACAGAAAAGGAGGCAUCAUUAGGACGCUGUUAGCGUAUACUUUAACAACAGGUGUAUUGGCUAGCACAUUCGCUGUAGUUGUGCUCAUCGUAUACCUGGUCAUGCCUUUGAACAUGGUUUACAUUGGUGUAUAUGAGGUGUAUGGGACCUUAUUUUUCAGUGCCAUGCUUACAUCGCUGAACAGCCGCAAAUCCCUUCGAGCUGCUGCCAGAAGGGACAUCAUCUUGUCACCACAUAACACCGACAGCAAUAAUCCCCCAAGCGGCGUUAUCGUCUACACGGAGACGCAAAAACAUGUUUCGACUGUAUGACCGAACGAAUUGUCGAUCGAUACCGUAUGGAGCAUCUCUCAUCCCUUUCGUUCUCCAUCGUCUCCGACAACCCACGU